AUGUCUUACGGAUACAAAGAGGGACGGUUGGGUCAGUCCCCAGAAGACUACCGAAUGUUUGGGUGGUCAGAGAAUGACUCACUAAGGGUUACAGUUGAACAAAGACCUUUGGAGCUGACAGAUGAAAAAGCAAGCCACGGCGAGGGCUACAUAAAGAGUGUUUCAGCCACAGGGAAGAACAAGGGCCCAGGGCCUGGGACAGAUGUGUGCAGAUGGCAAGUUAGACUUUGGGAGACCCUGUCAGAUGCUGAAGUGGUCAGGAAUAGGAAAUUAUCCACUACUGAUACAGCACUUUCUGGCAAUGCAGUUUUGGAUAAAUUACUUAACCCAAUAAAGCCAUGUAUUGGGGCGGACCCGGAGGGCGCGCGCCCGAGGCCCUCCGUCCCCGCGGCCGGCCGCGGCUGCGCGGGGAGGUACCUGCCGGGCCUCGCCCCAGGCAUCGCCUGGGCCACCGGCGCCCUCCACCUGUGCCGCGGCCGAAUGGCCGCCCUCACUUUGUCCAGGAGAGAGCUGAGCCUCUCUGCUGGGAGCCUGCAGCUGGAGCGCAGGAGAGAUCUGGAGCACAAAAGGAGAGAUUUCACCUCUUGCGGGAACAAGAAGCUCUACUUUGACACCCAUGCCUUAGUGUGUUUACUGGAAGAAAAUGGGUUCUCCACCCGGCAAGCAGAAAUCACUGUCUCUGCAUUGGUCAAGAUCACGGACGCCAACAUGGAUAUUAUCUACAAGGAUAUGGUCACCAAGAUGCAGCAGGAGAUCACCGUACAGCAAAUAAUGUCUCAGAUUGCCAAUGUGAAAAAAGAUAUGAUUAUUUUGGAGAAAAGCGAAUUUUCAGUCCUCAGAGCAGAAAAUGAGAAGAUAAACGUGGAGCUACAUCGGUUAAAACAACAAAUAAUGGAUGAAGUGGUCAAAGUCCGAACAGAUACCAAGUUAGACUUCAAUCUAGAAAAGAGCAGAGUGAAGGAAUUGUACUCGUUGAAUGAAAGGAAACUGCUGGAAAUGAGGACAGAAAUGGUGGCAUUGCAUGCCCAGCAAGAUCGUGCUGUCAGCCAGACAGACAGGAAGAUAGACACUGAGGUCGCUGGCCUCAGAACCAUGCUGGAGUCACACAAGCUCAGUAACAUUAAAUAUUUAGCAGGAUCUGUAUUUACGUGCCCAACAGUAGCUCAGGGAUUUUAUUGCCUGUGGAUAUAA